AAAUUUUUCAAUAUUAUUUUGAUGAUCAGAUAGUUUUUUUUCAAACUUAAUGAUAAAAAACGAUUAAUCGAUGGAAAUUUCUUAUUAUUAUUGUUGAAUAUUCAUUACAUAAUUAAACGUCAUCAAUGGAUGAAGAAAAAUGGCUAAAUGUAAUUGGCUCUGAUGGUACCAUAGAUGAAAUCGAUAAUUAUAAAACCGAAACUAUGGCAAUUCAACUCAAAGAUCUAUCACCCGAUGAUGUACAUGAGCCAAAAGUACGCAUAAUACCGAAGAAAACAAAACGAAAUGCAUAUUUUGUUAAAGAUCAGAGUACAAUGUUAUCCGAUGAGGAUAUGCAUUAUCAGAUGAUUAAUACGUCCGAUAUUGUCGAUAAGAAACCAUUGUUGCCCGAGCUUAUUUGUAGUGACGCCAAAAUCGCUGAAAACUUUGAUAAACUAAUAAAAAUUCCUGAAAGAUUUUUGGCACCAAAACUUAGUCCUUAUUUCACCCGAAAUCUAAAACGUAUAAAUGAUUCGGAUGUUCAAGAUUAUCAAAUAAAUUAUGCUGAAAUACAAAAAUCUUUGAAAGAAUUACAACAAUUACGUAAAAAACUAAUGACCAAACGAUCUUUGAAAGAAUCGUUACAAACAAAAAUAAGACGACCAAAAACUUCUUUAGUUGAAAAUGAAUCAAUAGCCGAACCAUUAAUGUGUACGAUUAAUAUCCUAAAUCAUAAUCAUAAAAAUAAAAAUAAUCAUAAGGAAAAUGAUAAUCAAACAUCAUUAUUAAAAAAUAUUGAUCUAGAUUUCAAACCAACCAUACUAUUAGGUACGAAAACCUAUUCACGAAAAAAGAUUCAAUCAUGAUAAUAUUGAUGUGAAUGUUUUUUUUUGCAUAAUAAUUUAAUCUAUUUCAUACACACCUGUAUAUAUUUUAAUAUAUU